CUUGCGUCUUCCUACACUUUACAGAUACUGUAAUCUACUUUUAACAGAUUUUUACAUUCAAUUUUUAUUCCCGAAACUUCCAAACUACAAUUUUUAUAUAAAGAAGUAUUGGAAAUAUUGUCAGAUAACAUCUUGGAUAUACAUCUUUCGUCAGCUGCCGUUUCUUCAAAAUAAAAUUUGGAAAAAUUCUAAACGACCAGAUUUGACGGCAAAGAUGCGAUCAGCGAUUUUUAUCAUUUUGCUCUGUAGAGCGUUAGCAGAAUCGGAUGAAAUGGAUGAGAUCUGGAUAAGACCAGCGUCAGAUAAAACCGUUCCAAUAGGCUCAGACUACAGUUUGAGUUGUCAUUACGUUACUGAGGUCAUUAGCCAGGUCAAGUGGGUCAGUCCUGACAACGUUGAGAUGACACAUAACCCUCCUAAGGUUUUGAUUGAGAAAGAAGCCGGCUUACAGAUUCUCACUUUGAAUAAAAUAACUGAGCAAGACACUGGGAUGUAUCACUGCCAGGGAUUCAGCAAUUCUGCAAAUAACACCGUUCGAAAAUCCAGAGUCAUAUCUGCUUACGAACCUGUGCGAAUUGUGAACACUCCAUCAGUCCAAAUAUUUGAGAUUGGUACGACAGCUACGGUGCUAUGCAGUGCAAAAGGAAGGCCCGAACCUACGAUUAUUUGGUUGGAUGGGACGGAUAAAAUUGAAACAAAUUUAAAUGAAAAAUUCUCAAUGGAAGAAGGCUCAUCAAACCUAAUCAUAAAAAACAUAUCCAAAGCAGAGGAAAGAAAUUUCACAUGCAAAGCAAGGGAACUUGGACAAGGACAAAAUAAAAAAAAGGAGAUACAAGUUUUUGUUUAUGUUCCCCCAGUGAUUCAAAACUUUGAGAAGGCUUUAACAACUACAGAAGGAGCAACCACUGUGCUUAUAUGUGAUGCAACAGGAGACCCUGUGCCAACAUACAGUUGGUACAAAGGGGAUGGCAGUGUGUUAGAUGAAUCAACAUUCAUUCUUGAUGGAACUGCAUUGGAGCUGAGUGUGAGUAGUGAUAUGAACGAAGAAUCAUUUGCAUGCGUCGCUCGGAACGCUAUCGGGACAGAUGUUGCCUCUGUGUUAUUGACAGUCAAUGUCAGGCCAACUUUCAGUGUAUCGAGUGGCGAUAAAGUGCGAGAAAAAGGACAAGCAAUUUUACGCUGCAUAGCGGAAGGUGAUCCGUUACCCGAAGUCUACUUCUACAGAGAUGAUAUUAUGUUGCAAGCAUCAGACCCCAUGGUUACAGACAUGAAUAGCACUGUGGACUAUAAUACGACAUUUGGAUCUGGGGUAUGGAGCACAAAUCGCAUAGUCACUUACAACGGGAACGAGGCAAUCGUCAACUUUACCUACACUACCUAUCAAGACAAUGGAAAGUACGAAUGCAGAGCAACAAAUGUAGCUGGAAUAGAAUUAGCGAACGUGUUCCUGGAUGUUGAAUACGCACCGAAAUCAACUUUGCUGAAUAAUGUAUGGUCAUGCGAAGGCACUUUAGCCACCCUAGAGUGCCAAUUCGCUGCAAACCCCCCAGCUAAUUUAUCAUGGGGUCGUUAUUCUACCGUGGAGGGAACAGAUGAAAUGGAUCUUGAGAAUUUUAAUAAAUAUUAUAUCACUGAUACACCUGAUGGCGUUUUUAUCAGCAAAGUUGGCGAUAUUUUAACGCUUACAAUUGACACAGACAUAGUCCCUGAUCCCUGGGGCUCCUACUAUUGCUUAGCAAGAAAUAUCAUCGGAUCAAACAAUGCUUCUGCGGUGUUGAAUAAAGCUGAGGCACCUGACGCACCAAUCGGCGUUCAGAUUUCUGACAUUGGGACAAGAAAAGCAACAGUUUCGUUCACGGCUUUACAACCCCUAGUGGACAAUAAUUACUUUACGAUACGACUCACUCCUGCUUCACCGAACGCAUCAGAUGUUACUCAGAAUAUUGGACCUCAAAUGUCCGAAUACACUUUCCAAGAUUUAGAACAAAACAUGAAAUAUACAGUAAUUGUUGAAGCUGUCAACUGUGAGGAUACCAGCCCACCAAGUGAAGUAAAAGAUUUCAAGACUGAACCUAUCGAAACUCCAGAAUCGGUUGAAAUUAUCAGUGGAGACUCGUCAGAAAAUCAUGAUAAAUAUCUUGUGCAGUGGAAAACAAGAGGACUGGGUGGAGGAGAAGUAUCAAAACUAAUUGUCAUCGUUGAACAGUUGACUGAAACAAUAGACAGCCAGAAUAGAACAAAAGUGAGAGAAAUAUUAUUGAAACCUGGAGACCAAGAAUUUGAAAACGAAUCGGUUAUUAUUGAGAAUCUUGUUCCUUCUAGCAAGUACGAGAUAUCAGUUGUCGUAUACAAUGAAGUUGGAUCAGCAAAAGCAAAACGAAUGUUUAACACGGCUAUGGAGUUUGGGAAUUAUACAAUGCCAACACCUGGCAAUUUAACCGAUGACCUAACAACGGAUUUAACAUUUGAACCACAAACGCAAACAACAGUGUCCAAUAGCACACAGGUAUCCUUGGGAGGAUUCGCGGGAUGGAAGAUAUUGCUUAUCAUCAUAUUGGUGUUGGUGAUAUUGGUUGUGCUGAUAGAUGUUAUCUGCUGUUUUACUCGAAGUUGGGGUGUUACAAUGUGGAUUUAUGCUAGGACUUGUGGGGAAAGUAAUAAGCACAACGUAGAGGACGCUGAAGAGGGUGCUGCUCAAUUCAGCAAAGAGACAGAAGGAAAAUACAAUCAGCCAGAAGCUGAUGCCGAAGAGAUUAAUCUUGGGGCUGUAGGGGUUGUCGAAGAGAAUCAACCAAUUGCAAACGAGGCAGAACCCAUAGCUAACGGAGAACCUGCAAUCGGCAAACUCGCUCCAAUAGAUGAGCAGACCCCUCUUCGUAAUGACAAUGAUGGGCCUGACUCAGCACUGACACCUAGUGGGAACGGAAAGGCAGAGGUGCCGCAGGAACCUGAUGAAGAAAAAGUGGAAAAAACCAAAUCACCCGAAGAAGAAAAACUUGUCAAAACAGAAGAGAAUGGAGAAAAGGCAUGAUGAUGUAACAAGCACUACUGUCAUGAUGUCACUAUCAUAUUUAUUAUGACUUCAUAAAUGCACUAAGUUUUAUGUGUCAUGUACAUAGUGACACAACAGAGACUAAUCAGAGAGCUGAAAACUAACAUGACAUCUUUAUUUAUUUCCGUUGCCAUAGCAACUUAUUAUUUCUGCAUGUCAUAUAUUCAUCUGUGUCAUAUUUCUGAAUGUCAUAAACAACUUUUGUUCAGUAUUCAUCGGUUAGGCAUUGCAAAAUAGGGUGGAAGCAUGAAAAUAUCGUAGACGAUAAAGAUUAAAAUACCUAAUACACUGUAGUCUGACUACAGUUGCCGAAUUCAAAUUAUUUUCAUACAUUGUUUAUUUUUUAUCCCCCCCCCCUCAUAACAGAGUUCUUUGCAAGCAGCCACUGAUAAAUGAACACUAUUAUAUUUGGAAAGACUGUAUCUUCCUGUUUCAGCAUUGUGUAUCAAAUAUAUCAACCUGGGUUAGCGGAUGGACAUAUGAUUGCCCCAAAUUUUUCUUUAUAUAAUAAUUAUCAAGACUAGUCUGGCUACACAAUUACCACAUAGCUUAUAAUUUUUCUGGAGAAACAAGCGCACUUUUUAUUUUGUAUUAUGAUUUCAUUUGUAAAUAUUCAUUUGUGUAAAGUUCCUCCUGUAUGAUUAUUUCUAUGUUUAUAUCUUAUUUCCUCAUUUUUAUGACAUAACAAAGCAUUCCAAGAUAAACAAUGCUCCUUAUUAUUUUGUCACAGUGUUAAAGAAGAAUCUUGAAAUAAUCGCGGAUGAAUAUCCAAGAAUUAAAGUUUGAGUGUGAAAAGGACUAAUUUGGGUUAUGGGACUGAGUUUUGCUUGGGGCGAAAUUUGCUUUUGUAUAUUAUUUGUGAAUAUACCUUGAGUGUCCAAUACUUUUCUUUGGUGUAGAAUAUUUUGAUGCUUAUUGUGGGUUGUGGUGUAAAAAGGAGGAUUUUUCACAGCCCAUGAGGUUAUUAUGACAUCAUUAAUGUCACGUUUUCUAAUGUUAUGCCACUUUUUGGACAAUUUAAACUUGUCAAAUUUUAUUCUAUUGUGGUUCAUUUCCAGCGUCGAAAGAAAUCUUAGGCCUUUUCAGGAUAACUUUGAAUAUCAUAGAUUUUUCUUUCAUCAAAAAAUUAAUAAAUACGGUAAAAGUGUUAAUGUUUAUUUUUUCAAGUUAAACUUCCAAAACUUGGUUCAGCAUCAGGCCUAAAUUUCCUCUACUUUCCAUUUGUAAUUGAUGAGGUUUCUCUGGGACUUGUUGUAGGUGCAUUAAAAAAAUCCUGAAGGCCCAUAUAGUCCUGAGGUACCACGUUUAGAAACACUGCCUUAGACUCUUUUCCCACCAUUCAAAUUUCAAGCAUACGCCUCGCAUAUUUUGCCCUAACAAGAUUUUUCAGUGUUCUACGUAUUGUUGCCAUCAUUUUUUGUAACAAUGUCUUUAUUUCAAUAUUUUAGUACCAACAAUUUUGCAGUUAUAUGCGUGUUCUUGCCGUUUUGGUUCUUACCGUUCUUUAAUUUGGACACACUGUAAUGUAUAAGCGCAUUAUUCAUUUUAAUAAAAAUGUUCUAAAUUCAAGGCUUUCCCCCGUAUCUCUCAUUGAGGCGUUUUAUCGACUAUACAAAGACAUUAAUAUCCUAACUACUCUCACAGAAAUUACCUGAUCUACACUUGAACUUCUGUUUAUGCACCCAAAGGUUCGAGCAAUCUAGCACGCUUUGAACAAAAGUUAUAUUCUUCCUAGAAUAUGUUCCGAAUUAACUGAUUUCGGCUUUUUAGCAUAAGGGUCCGAGUCAUCUAUUUCGCUGUGGGCAAUUACCGAUUAUCUAAUGCCAUGUUUUUCUCGAGAUAUUGCUAUUAUUUUUGAAAACUAAUAGCUGUAAAGUGUAACUGUUUUGCUUUUAAGCAGUAAUAUAUUGUUUGCAUGAAAUUUUCAUUUUAUGUAAUUUUUGUUUUUAAUCAAUAAAAUCUUUGUUUGAAGAUCGUUGGUUGCUCGCACAAUGGUUAAAUAAAAACGCGCUUGUGAUUUGUA